UUGAAACUGGAGGUUAAGUGACUUGCCCAGGGUCACAGCUAGUAAUGUGCCUGAGGUUGGCUUUGAACCCAUGUCUUCCUGAUUCCAGUCCUGGUGCUAUAUCCUGGUGUACUGUCAGCUGCCUUCAGAUUACACAACACACCAAUUGGAUACAAGGCUCCUCACUACAGCACAAUGUCUGAUCCCUGUGUUAAGCAGAAGUGAACCUGAGUGAAAGGGGGGAGGUUCCCCUUACCAUCACAGACAGAAUGACCAAGAUGAGACUCUUGAGACUUUGGAUUGUCCUGGGAUCUGUCUUUAUGAUCCUUUUGAUUAUUGUUUACUGGGACAAUGUGGGUACAGCGCACUUCUACUUGCACACUUCAUUUUCCAGACCUCAUCCUCCAGGGGCCCUCCCCACCACUGGAAAGGAUGAAGAGAGAGAAUUUAUAUCAGACGUAGAUGAAUUUCUAGAUAAACUGCUUAGUUCUAGUGGGAGACAGAAUGACCCUUUGAGAAAAAAGACUGAGCAGCCUCCUCUUCAUGGCUCUAGUAAACCUAUUUUGGGCAAUAUGGAAGAGAGUGUGAGAGGUUAUGAUUGGUCUACCCAUGAUGCUAAGCAGAACCCAGAUCAGGAAAAACUCCAGGCAGAGAGGAGAAAUAUGUUGCGGGAAUUUUGUGCCAACUCCAGCUUCGUCUUCCCUACCAAGAAUCGUUCAUUUGAUGACAUUCCCAAUUAUGAAUUGAAUCACCUAAUUGUGGAUGACCGCCAUGGAAUCAUUUAUUGCUAUGUGCCAAAGGUGGCCUGCACCAAUUGGAAACGAGUGAUGAUUGUUUUGAGUGAGAGCCUGUUGGAUCAGGGAAUCCCAUAUAAAGACCCUUUAGACAUUCCCCGGGAGCAUGUUCACAACACUAGUACUCAUCUCACUUUCAAUAAAUUCUGGCGACGAUAUGGGAAAUUUUCACGCCACCUCAUGAAGAUUAAGCUGAAGAAGUAUACUAAAUUUUUAUUUGUUCGUGACCCCUUUGUGCGUCUCAUCUCAGCCUUUCGGAGCAAGUUUGAGCUGGAGAAUGAUGAGUUCUACAGGAGAUUUGCGGUUCCCAUGCUGAAACUGUAUUCUAACCACACUAGCCUGCCCACCUCUGUCAGUGAGGCCUUCAGUGCUGGACUGAAGGUCUCAUUUCCUGACUUCAUCCAGUACUUAAUUGAUCCACGGACAGAAAAGCUGGCACCCUUCAAUGAGCAUUGGAGACAGGUAUACCGCCUGUGUCACCCUUGCCAGAUUGACUAUGACUUUGUGGGGAAGCUAGAGACCCUGGAUGAAGAUGCAGCUCAACUGCUGCAGCUUCUCAAAGUGGACAAACUCCUUCAUUUUCCCCCUAGUUAUAGGAACAGGACUGCUAGUAGCUGGGAGGAAGACUGGUUUGCCAAAAUCCCUCUAGCCUGGAGACAACAGCUUUAUAAACUUUAUGAGGCUGACUUUGUUCUCUUUGGGUACCCCAAGCCUGAGAACCUACUUAAAGACUAAGCAACAUGGGAAAAGCUCCCCUAAACCAAAAAACUUGUAUUUUUAUUUUAAAAUAAAAUUAAGGAUCUUUAA